GGGAAAAUAAUGAGAAGCUGUCAAAUAUCUUAACAAGAUGUUUUUAGACAUUAAAUGCUGAUCAAGGCACGCAUCAGUUUGUGUUAUACCAUGUUUCAUUAGAUUCCCACCCUGACCAAAGUUUGAAAUCGUUGCUAUCAACUACGAACCAUGGGGAAUUCUGGAAUCAAGCAACACAUCGACACAGCACAGAAGACUGGAACUUGCCAGCUGUGUAAAUUGGGACUGAAAGAGUUUCCAGAGGAUCUCCAGGCACUGACUGGUAAUCUUCGCACCUUAGACCUGUCAGAGAAUAAGAUCCAGUUGCUGCCACAGCUUAUUGGCAGAUACAGUCAUCUAAAGAGUCUUAACCUGAGCAACAACAAAUUAGGUUCACUUCCAGAGGACAUUGGAAAACUGAAGAAAUUGGAAACUCUGAAUCUUGAACAUAACAGCAUUGCUACACUUCCAGCUACAGUGAAAAACCUGUCAAACUUACGCAAUAUUAACCUGUCUGGAAAUGGCCUUAGACAGUUUCCCACUCAGCUGGGUGGUUUAAAAAACUUAGAUGGUGUUGAUCUCUCUCGGAACUCAAUAACGGAAAUACCAGAAUGUGUCAGUGCAAUACAAGCAAUUGAAAUCAACCUUAAUCAAAACCAGGUGUCUCGCCUUCCUGAAGCAUUAGCCGACUGCCCCCGCCUCAAGGUGCUCCGACUGGAAGAAAACUGUCUGGAGAUCUUGGCAUUUACUCCGAAGAUAAUGAAGUCUUCCAAAAUUGCACUGUUUGCUAUUGAUGGCAAUGUAUUUGACAUGAAGGCCUUCCACAACUUAGAGGGUUAUGAUGAAUAUAUGGACAGAUACACAGCAACAAAGAAGAAGUUCAACUGAUGUCAUAAUCCCUGGUGCUGGGGGAAUGUUACAACCCUUCCAUUGGUGCAUUGUGACACUUACACAAAAAUAAAACAUACUGGAUUACUCAAGGUCAAAUGGCGAUUGAACUAUGAAAAUAUAUAUAUAUAUAUAACUCGCCAAUUCUGGCCAAUAUGAGUCCACAAAUAAAAUAUUUCAUUUUCA